AUGAGGUCCCAGCGUUCAUUGGGCUUGUACAGCCUUGCACUCGUCGUGCUCGCGUUGUGCGCAGCCGUCUCGGCGCAAAACCCCGCUUCGUCGACACAGGCACCAGCGUCCACAAAUGCUCAAGCAAGUGGUAGUGCAACCGCGCGCCCAUCAGGAUCUGGUUCGGCAGCGCCCACAGGAUCGGCAUCCAUGAGCGGAAACGUCACGAUGAGCGGAAACAUGACGGCAUCCUCCAACUCCACCUCCAACAUGACUUCCACCAGCACAACCCCCACCACUUUCCCCAUCGCCACCGUCCCCACCACUGGAUACCUUGCAGGCACCGCGGCGGCACCGGCCCCCGGCGGUGGAUCUGGCGCAAGUGGUAGCGGCGCUGCCGGUCCCGAUGACAGUCACAUUGUCAGCGCUGCUCAGGUCCUCCGUUCGUCCGCCGCGGCCAUCUCGGCAAGCAUGCUCGCGCUGGGUGUCGGUGUCUGGGUUCUGCUCUGA